AAUAUAAAGCCACGCUGCAGCUUCGUCUGUGACAUACAGAGUGACACAAAUGCCUUGAACAUGGCAAAGGUUGUUCGGACAGCGGCGUUGAUUCUAUACCUUUGGAGCGUUUUCAUGCAGUUUCGUCGCAUGUCAGGGCUUGGUAUCAACGAAUUGCUGUAUUUCCGAGUCAUCAUUCCAGAGGAUAUAGGUUACAUUUUCAGUGCAGCACCUGCUAAAGACUUUGGAGGACAUUUUACGUCAUCUUAUGAUGAGAUAUACCUGGUGCCCGCAGACCCAGAGGACGGCUGCUCAGAGCUGAGGGACACAGACACGAUUCAGGGACAAGUCGUCCUUGUGGAGAGAGGAGGCUGCUCUUUUGUACAAAAGACACGACAAGUAGAGGAAGCAGGAGGUAAAGCUGUUCUAAUUGCUGAUAAUGCCGUGGACAACGACAGUCAGUACCUUGACAUGAUCACUGAUGGAAGCACGGCCAAGCCAAGCAUACCUGCUCUAUUUUUGCUGGGACGUGACGGGAUGAUGAUCAGACGAUCCCUUCACAGACAAGCUUUGCCGUGGGCUGUCAUUUCCAUUCCUGUUAAUGUUUCCUCUUUGGCCUCAUUCCCACUCAAGCAGCCACCAUGGACACUGUGGUAGAAAUCACACGCACACACCCACAGCAUUCUCACAUCAGUACAUAUCCUGUCAGCAGUGAAUAAACUCACAGACCAGAAGGGAAUUUUUUGGUAGUGGUAAACAAAUUGACAGCAGAUAGUGGUGAACCAUUAAAUUAAAAAAAACAGCUUUACAUAUACAGUCAAAGGCAUGUGAAGAGUUAUACUGACUGAGGACGUGAGUCUUUCUGUAAAACACUCUAGGGACACGUCAUACGAUCUAUUGGUUGAAGUAGUUCAACAAAAACAUUAAUCAAAUACUACAAGUUCUAGCACAAACCACUAUCGGCAAUAAACUAGUGCUUACUUCACUAAAGUGCAGGUUUGAUCCAUGUUUUUGCAUGACAUUUUGGCUUGGAAAUGUUUUUUAUUGUAAAUAAAUUAAAAAUUAAAUUUUUUUAGUCAUUUA